UUGUUGGUACAUGUGACAUUUAAUCCACCAAAUCCCAUUUUCAUCGCCAGAAGUAAACGCGACGUGUAGUCGUCGCGCAGAGACUGUGAAAAGUUUUUCGCUAAAUCAUGACCCAAGAAGGGUGAUAAAACUGUGAAAAAGUGAAAAAAACGUGCUUAGAGAAAAUCCCAGUGACAAUUGGAGAUAGAAAUGACUGUGUGGGAAACAAAUAAGUGGUGAUAUUUGUGAGAGAUAACUUGCAAAAAGACUUUCUGGGCAUCUGCUUCAGUGGCGGAGGUGAAAAAAAGGAGAGCCGUUCAACUUCAUUCUCAAUUCUCGGUUCAGUGUGAAACUCCCGAGGUGACGAGAAAUGAUGAAAAUGGAGACGGAUAAAAUAAUGGACGAUUCAAAUAGCAAUUCACAGUAUACUUCGAUGAUUCUGUACGAUCCGGCGAGGAAAAAAGAACCAUCACCGACCUUUCAGAGUGAACGAGAAACCUGCCUAACGUACUUCUUGAAAUGGAACGAAGCAGAUCAAGUGGAUUUUGUUGAACAAUUACUAUCCCGAAUGUGUCACUAUCAGCAUGGACAUAUAAAUGCAUUUCUGAAGCCAAUGCUCCAGAGAGACUUUAUUUCUUUGUUGCCAAAAAAGGGAUUGGAUCACAUUGCAGAGAAUAUCUUAUCGUAUUUGGAUGCUGAUUCACUUAAGGCAGCAGAAUUGGUGUGCAAAGAAUGGCUUCGUGUUAUAUCUGAGGGUAUGCUGUGGAAGAAGUUAAUUGAACGAAAAGUACGAACUGAUUCACUGUGGCGUGGACUUGCUGAGAGACGUGGAUGGAUUCAAUAUUUGUUUAAGCCAAGACCAGGCACAACACAUCGACAGCACUCAUUCUACAGGGCACUAUUCCCCAAGAUUAUGAAUGACAUUGAGAGCAUAGAAAGCAAUUGGCGCUCUGGACGUCAUAUGCUGAGACGGAUCAAUUGUCGUUCGGAGAACUCCAAAGGUGUCUACUGCCUACAGUAUGAUGAUAAUAAAAUUGUAUCUGGCUUGAGGGACAAUACAAUUAAAAUAUGGGAUAGGAGUGAUCUGAAAUGUGUAAAGACUCUGACAGGCCAUACAGGAUCUGUGCUAUGCCUUCAGUAUGAUGAUAAAGUCAUAAUAAGUGGAUCAAGUGAUUCUACCGUCCGUGUGUGGGAUGUCAAUUCCGGUGAAAUGGUCAAUACGCUCAUUCAUCAUUGUGAAGCAGUCUUACAUUUACGAUUCAAUAAUGGAAUGAUGGUCACAUGUUCCAAGGAUCGAUCAAUAGCGGUAUGGGAUAUGACAUCACCAGGAGAAAUUACAUUGCGUCGUGUUCUUGUUGGACAUCGAGCUGCAGUGAAUGUGGUAGAUUUUGAUGAGAAGUACAUUGUGUCAGCAUCUGGUGAUCGCACAAUUAAAGUGUGGAAUACAUCAACAUGUGAAUUUGUUCGAACCCUCAAUGGUCACAAGAGGGGUAUCGCGUGUCUACAGUAUCGUGAUAGAUUGGUAGUCAGUGGCAGUUCGGACAACUCUAUAAGAUUGUGGGAUAUUGAGUGUGGAGCAUGUCUUCGUGUGCUGGAAGGACAUGAAGAACUGGUGCGCUGCAUACGAUUCGAUUCAAAGCGGAUUGUGAGUGGAGCUUACGAUGGCAAGAUAAAAGUGUGGGAUUUGGUGGCUGCCUUAGAUCCACGUGCUCAGACAAGUUCAUUGUGCUUAAAAACACUCGUGGAACACACUGGUCGUGUCUUUCGACUGCAAUUUGAUGAAUUCCAAAUAGUGAGUAGUUCUCACGAUGAUACUAUAUUGAUAUGGGAUUUCCUCAACUAUACACCACCUGAAAGCAAUUCGAAUCGAAGUCCAUCACCAUCUUUAAUGGAACAUUAGCGGUAAUCACCUUUGACAUCUUUGGUAAUGAUCUCUUACACACAUUACUUCUCUGUCUCUCUCUAUCUCUCUGAAAGAACUAGAAAGAAAACAACAAAAAAAAAGAAAAAAAUAUGCACUGAAAAGAAAUGCAAUUGGUGAGUAAAAAGAAAACAAUAGAGUUAUGAGUAAGAUUUUUUCCUCAAAGCUCUGCAAACAUUUUAUAACAAUACAAUAGAGUUCACUUACGAUAAAAGUUCUUUUUUUUAGUGUAAGUUUUCUCUCCUUCUCUUUACCUAAUUAGAUAAUUCGAAUGCAUGGAUCUUCUUAAAGAAAAAUUAUUUAAAACAAAAAAAGAAGAGUUAUUUGUAAAAGAGAUAUUAUAAUCUAUCAGUUGCGAUGAGAAGAACGGAAAAGUAAUAAAAAAACUAUGUAAAAUUCGUGUUUAGAGAAAUAAUUUUUUUUAAUAUGAUGUAGCAGUUGAUACUUUAAUUGUAUAUCCCAUUUUUUCUAGUGGUUUUUUAUCUGCCCUUGUGAAACUUUUCCCAAUUACUUGCUUUUUGUAAUAAAUCCCAAUAUUAUUAUGAUUAUGUAAGGAGGAAAGCCAGAAAGAAAUCUCUGAUAGAUUUUUCCAUGAACUUUUAAAUUAAAGAAUAAAUCCAAAAAAAAAAAAAAGAAAUUUGUACAGAUAAAAUGCAGAACAAAGUUUUGAAAUGAAAACAUUGGUUGUCUUGUCGUGAAUAGUUUUAUUAAUAAUUUAUAAUUAUUAGGUGAAGAAGUCUGUAAUAAAUUCAAGCAGUUUUAUUUUUAA